UUCAAACUACUUGAUAAGUGUUUCUAAUAUAGUCACAAGGGAGUGGGGAAUUAGUCGAUACUCUCAGUACCUGCAGUAUUGGUCUGGUACUUUAUUUAUCGACCCCGAAAGGACGAGAAACAUACUUAAUCCAGGCGAAAACGCCUUUUGAAAAAAUGGACUAAUUUUACAAGAGAAACUUUACACCGGUAACCGACGUCAGUCGGGAUUUUAAUGAUGGCCGUUUGUUUCUGUAAAUACUCUUCACAUCCUUGUUUGUUAUUGUUAUCUUUGACGACCGAUCGUUUUCUUAAUUUCUGAAUAGAAUGACAUUUUUACACAGCAUAUUGCCUUCAACACUUUGAUCAAACUGAUCUCAUUUUUGGAAAGAUGUCACAACAACUUACGGGGGAGCAGAUUAUUUCCAUAUCGAACAAAGUGAUGCGUUAUGUGAGAAAAUGUAACCUUGUUGGUGUGAAGUCUAAACUGGAUCCUCUUAAAAUGCCACAUCGCAAACGUAUUGCCAGCCGAAAGAUCCAGGGAUUCACUGCACUGUUUCUAGCUGUUUCAUACAACAACUUAGAACUUGUUCAGUAUUUCUUGCAGGAAUGCAAUGUUCCUGUUGAUCAACCUGUGAUAUAUAAUGACGAUGCUCAAGUGACGCCUCUUUUAGUGGCUGCAUCAGAACGCUGCAAGAAUAUGUUGCAGAUUCUUCUUGAUUAUGGAGCCAAUAUCAAUGUCAAAGACCAUUUGGGUAACACUGCUCUGAAAAUGUCUGUUAAAGGUGGCAAUGUGGAUAUUGUUAAGUUUCUUAUUGAAAGAGGUUCUGAUGUUAAUUUUCCUGACCAUAAAGGAGUGACUCCAUUGAUGGAAGCUGUCUUUAACACGGAGUUAGUAGAUCUCCUCUUUUCAAAUGGUGCUAAUUUAUAUGCAACUGAUGCAAAUGGUGACACAGUUCUGCAUUUUGCAGCCUGUAAAGGUAACUUAGAGGUGUUUAAAUUUCUCCUCCAGAAGGGCUUCAGUCCUUACACAUACAAUGGUCUCGGUGAGAAUUGUUUCCGGCUUGCUGCCACACACUGGCAAUGGAGAAUACUCGUCUAUUUACUGGUAACUUUUCCUUACCCACAACAUUCUCCACAACAGUACUUUGACAGCACCACAACACAGAUAUUUAUUGAAGCUCUUGAUGAAGCUGAACACAACACUGAUAUCUUUGAAUUUCCUGCACUAAUGGUGACAGAAAAAAUAUUAGGUGUUUGCUGUACCUCACUCGAGGCAUUAGGUUAUGCAGCAUGGCUGCAGUGUGACCUUGGUAAUGUUUCACUAGCAUGGGACAUAUAUUGCCAUUUACUUCGAGCCUGUCAAAGAAUGAGGUGUGUGACGGGCCCUGAUAUUGUUACACUUGAAUUGGAGGUGUUUUGGAAAAUAUACAGUAAAGAUCAACAUUAUUCCAUGCCCUUCAGAGAGGUCAUAAAUCUUGUUCGGCAGAUUGCUAGUGAUAUCGUCAUCAACUGGGAAUCCCUCCAAAACAGCAACUGUGAAGAAAGAUCUUUGAAAAGUUCUUACAAGGUGAAUGCAUGGGAAACGUUGUUACUGUUUGUGGUGAACUUGCUCCAAAUUCUCAUUCAUUACCAACACAAAUGGGAUUCAGUAAGCUUUCAAAGGUUCUCCUGUUCUGUUCUUGAUCGAUAUACCAAGGUUUUGUCUCAGACAGAACCGUUACAUGCUGAACAGGAAGGCAUUACAGAUGGAAGUAAACCUGCAAUUUCUUUAAGGCUUCAUGGCAAAUGGCAGCCAACAGACAUUAUUCUCCAAACAUGUCAUGAAACACAAAACCAGUUUCUGGGAAAAUUUCUCAAAGAAUCACCGUACAUUGUCUUUGAUGCUGCUAAACUUGUUCCUGUAAAAGAACCUCUUUCUCUGCAGUGUCUCACUGCCAGAGUUUUGAACCAAGCAAACAUUGAGUUUCAGAAAUACUUGCCUGGACGCUUGACCAACUUUGUCCUCCAUCACCUCUCAUGAUAAUCACUUUCUAACAAAGACAAACCUCCUAUUUUUUUCUCAUGUUUAAUUUUUUGCUGUUUUACAUUCAUUUUUUUUCCAUGUAUGCAGGAUCAAAUAGUUCUUUUUUUUAUUGCUAUUAUUCCACAGCGGAAUGAAGGCCCUUCCUGUUGCUAACCACUCCACCAUGAAGUAAGGGUGGUCCUUGGUUUUAUAUCAGUCAGGAAAAUGAGAACAAAGAGAGCAGAGUUACUGUGCCGUGAGACCAGAAUGAUAGCCAGGGAUAUUAGAGAAGAGUCAGCAAUAGUUGUAGUACUAAGUGUUGGUGUACUCAGUUUUGUAGUACUUUAAUGUCACAGUCAUUGUACUUCUUUUAAUGAGAGACUGUUAGAAGUGGCUCCAGGCUGUCAGUAUCUACUCUGUUAUGCAUAGAGACUUGAGCUCUACAAGUGAAUCGUUAUUUGUAAACUAAAAACAUAAAAAUCAGAGUAUUUUGGCUUCAGCCUCUCUUGGAUGAAACACCAGUUUAUUGAUUACAUUUCUAUAUGAUGGGAUAUUCUGAACUAAUUCCUGAUAGCUCAGUAAACUGCAGUCUUCCAUUCACGUUCUAGGAAUUGUUAUAGGUAUAUGAAUCGACCUGACUGAGUAAUUUAUCAACCUAUUGUUAUAGUCAUUUAAUUUGAUUGCCAAUGUGAUAAAAAAACAAAAAUUAUGCUUGUUUCUAUGAAAAGGGAGACAUUGCAAAUCUCAGUUAUUUACCUCAGCUUAUAACUUUUGAAAUGACUUGAUAGAUUGUCUUAGACACCCUCCAUACUUAAAAAACUUCUUGCAAGCUUUAUCCUGCCAAGUUAUGUGGCAAUGUUCUUUCAAUAUUUAUGUAAAUAAAUCUACACUGAUGAUGUA